AUGAGUUCAAAGUAUCCGCGAAGUAAUAAUAACAGUAACAGCCCAAUUCAACUAGGCCGUAGUAGAGAGCCAAGAAUUUCCGGUAUCAACAACCCCCGAAAUCAAAAUGAAAUUCUUCCGAACAACAACCACAUUAUUAACGCACGACCGACAGCGGAUCUUCGUCAUCUGAAUAUUGAACAAGAAUCAGAGCGAUUUGUGAAGAGGUUUGGUAUUUUGUCUAGAUGUCUCAACUUUACCAUUAAAUCGGAAGCGAUCGACGCCAACGAUACGCCGUUACAGUGGUUAAAGAAAGUGAUUGGCGAAUUGUUGAGUCACGCAUGCAGAGAAUUUCAGCAAAGCGAUAUGGUAGGAAUUACAAUGAAGAACGAAAACUUUCCAGAAAGACCAUUGGGAAUUUCGUUUAGAAAGUUCUCAGAAAUUAAACCUGAAGUGGUCAUGGACGUGAUUGCUUUUGUUCUUCAAAGUAACGCUGCAUUCUUCACCAGUGAUCAAUUGAGCAUCCAGAUAGACAGGGUGAGACCGCCUGUUGGUAACGAGUACACAAUCGUCGUCUACAAUAGUAGAGAUGGUAAUUCUGUUUAUUUUGAGGGUGACAGAGCUCCAAAUAGGAAGUGUUUAAAUUUAAUUAAAGAAGAAGAUCACUAUAACGUGAUAUUAAGUUUAACAGGUGUAUUUUCCACUUCCUAUUAUUGCGAGCUCUGUCGAGUACGAUAUUCAAGGGGCGAUAGACACAAAAAUUGCCCGUACAUAUGCCCAUGCUGUCAUGCUAGUCCUCCAUGUCGCAUAGAUUCAGCAGUUGUGAAGUGUGACUCGUGUUUAAGAUGUCGUGUUCAUGUUUGGCAUAAUAAAAAGUCUAAGCACGUUUGUGGCGUGAAGUACUGCAACAUUUGUCGAACUAAUAUGCCUAUUCGACAUUUUUGCUAUAUGCUACCCAAUCAGCUAGCUCCUGACAAGGCUUUAGAAAAUGCUCAUGCAUUUUUAUUCAUAUUUUACGACUUGGAAACAACGCAGGACAAGCAGCUUAGUGAAAACACGUAUUUGCACGAGCCAAAUCUGUGUGUGUUGCAAAAAGCUUGCCGUCUCUGUAUAACGAGCGACGAUGUCUACGGCGAAUGCGUUAAUUGUGGUCAGAGGCAGAUAAUUUAUAGCGAAUCGCCUGUAGACAAUUUGCUAGAGCAUAUAGCUGAAAUGUCGAAAAGGUUUAAAGUAACCGCUAUUGCUCAUAACAACAAAGGUUUCGACGGGUGCUUUGUGCUCCAAAAAAUUUUUGGAAAUGUGAGCAGGUGGCGACCUGAGGUAAUACGCACUGGCACAAAAUUAAUAACAAUUGGGUGUGGUUCGGCUAUAAGGUUUAUAGACAGCCUUAAUUUUAUCCAACUGCCUUUGUCGCGUUUUCCAUCGGCAUUUAAAUUAGAGGGCUGCAAGGGGUAUUUUCCGCAUUUUUUUAAUACUUCUGGUAAUAAAAACUACAUCGGCCCUAUACCUGAAAAGAAUUUCUACGGUCACAAUUCUAUGUUACCAGCUGAGCGGGAAAAAUUUAUCAGAUGGCACAAUCAACAGGUGCAAAAUAACGUACAAUUUAGAAUGUCGGAAGAAAUCCAAAAAUAUUGCAUCGCCGAUGUCGAUUUGUUACGUAGAGGAUGUUUAAAAUUUCGCGAAUGUUUCCUUUCAGCCAACGGAGUCGAUCCAUUUUUGGAAUCAUUAACAAUAGCCUCAGCUUGUAAUCUUGUUUUUAGGCGAAAUUUCUUGAAACAAAAGAGCAUAGGGAUAUUGCCUAGAAACGGUUACCGUCGUGCAGAUAAUCAAUCCAAUGUGGCUAUCGACUGGUUGUCGUGGAUGGCGCAUGCUGGAAACAUUUUUAUUCAGCAUGCUGGCAAUGGACGCGAAGUUAGGUUGCCUGAGAAUUUACUCGUAGAUGGCUUCUGUGAAACCACAAACACAGUCUACGAAUUCUAUGGCUGUUGGUUUCACGGGUGCGAAAAGUGUUUUUUUAAUCAGACGUGUAAACUGUCCGACAAAGAUGAUGCACUUUUUUUGGCUCGGGAAAACACGUUAGAGAAAGAAGAACGGAUAAAGGCAGCUGGGUAUAAUUUGAUAUCAAUAUGGCAGUGUGAAUACACCAAAAUAUUGAAAACAAACGCCGAUAUGCGAGAAUUUGUGCAGUCGCUGGAUGGACGUAAAUCUUCGCCUCUCAAUCCUCGAGAUGCUUUUUACGGCGGCCGCACAAAUGCUUGCAAACUAUACCAUAAAUGUGACCCCGACGAAAAAAUUUUGUAUUAUGAUGUGUGCUCGUUAUAUCCAUACAUAAAUAAAUACGGAAAAUACCCUGUGGGUCAUCCUGUAAAUAUUUAUGUUGGAAAUAACGAGUGCCGUGUGGUAAAUUUAGAUACUGUAGAAGGUUUGAUCAAAUGUUGCAUUCUCCCGCCUCGCAAUCUCUAUCACCCUGUAUUGCCAUACCGAUGUAACAACAAACUGACGUUCCCUUUGUGUAGAACAUGCGCUGAAACAAUGCAGCAGACUGAAUGUCAGCAUGCUGAAACGGAACGCCAGUUUGUUGGGACGUAUGUGGCCGAUGAGUUGCGCAAAGCACUCGAAUUAAGGUACAAGGUGAUAGAGAUUUUGGAAAUCUGGGAAUACGAUGUGGUGCAAUAUAAUAAGAGUGCUGAGACGGACGGGUUGUUUUCAGCCUAUAUUAACAGUGGCUUGAAAGGGAAGCAAGAAAACAGCGGCUACCCGGCAUGGUGCGAUUCGGAAGAAAAAAAGGAUUUGUACAUCAAUUCAUAUUUUGAAAGGGAGGGUAUUUUAUUAGAUAAGGGCAAAAUUGGGCACAACAGCGGGAUGCGUUUUUUGUACAAAAUAAUGCUCAAUAGUUUUUGGGGAAAGUUCGGUCAAAAGGAAAACGCACAACAAACCCAAAUUAUUAACAAGCCAAUAGACUUGUUUAAAUUACUUACAAAUCCGGCGGCGACCGUACAUAACUUGACAAUUAUAAAUCCCGAGGUGGUAUUGACAACAUGGGACAGGGUAGAAGAAGACGUAAGCCCUUUGAAAACGGCGAAUGUGGUAAUAGCUGCGUAUACUACUGCAGGAGCUCGUUUAGAACUCUACAAGUAUCUAGAACAGUUAGAUCGCAGAGUGUUAUAUUUUGAUACAGACAGUAUCAUUUUUUCUCAGCGUGAAGGUGAAUGGUGUCCACCAACUGGUGAUUACCUCGGCGAUCUAACUGACGAACUUGUUGAGUAUGGAGAAGGGAGUUAUAUCUCUGAAUUUGUUAGCGGUGGCCCGAAAAAUUACUCGUAUAAAUUUUGGUCUGUUAAAGAUCAAACAUACAAAACUGUCUGUAAGGUCAAGAAUUCUUAG